AUGAGCGGCUUCCGGUUUCUGAAUCUCGUCCGACCGUUUCUUCCACUCCUGCCUGAGGUUUCUUCACCGGAUCGCAAAGUUCCUUUCAACCAAAAGCUGUUAUGGACCGCUGUCACGCUCCUCAUUUUCUUGGUCUGCUCUCAAGUACCAUUAUAUGGUAUCAUGUCCUCAGAUUCGUCUGAUCCUCUUUACUGGAUGCGUGUUAUCCUCGCUUCCAACCGUGGAACCCUCAUGGAGCUCGGUAUAAGCCCUAUUGUUACGUCCGGAAUGAUUAUGCAACUAUUAGCUGGCGCAAAUUUAAUCGAGGUCGACUUCAGCUUGAAGGAAGACCGGGCACUGUUCAGUGGUGCACAAAAAUUGUUUGCUUUAAUCAUUUCACUCGGCCAUGCUACCGUAUACGUCUUGACAGGUCUUUACGGGCAACCAAGUGAUCUCGGUGCUGGUGUUUGCCUUCUGCUCAUCAUUCAGCUUGUUGCUGCUGCCCUCAUCGUUAUCCUCCUCGACGAACUUCUCCAGAAAGGUUAUGGUCUCGGGUCCGGUAUCUCCCUUUUCAUCGCAACCAACAUCUGCGAAUCCAUCAUUUGGAAGGCCUUCUCACCUACAACUGUUAACACCGGUCGUGGCCCUGAGUUUGAAGGUGCCGUUAUUGCGCUCUUCCACCUGCUCUUCACGUGGAACGACAAGGGACGUGCUCUCCGUGAGGCGUUCUGGCGUGACAGACUCCCAAACAUCAUGAACCUCCUUGCGACUGUCGUCGUGUUCGCCGCUGUCAUCUAUAUGCAAGGUUUCCGCAUUGAGAUCCCCGUCAAGAGCAACAGAUUCCGUGGUCAGCGCGGCAGUUACCCCGUCAAGCUGUUCUAUACUAGCAACAUGCCCAUCAUGCUCCAGAGCGCACUGGUGUCAAACGUGUUUAUUGUGUCGCAAAUGCUUGCAACGCGCUUCCCCUCCAGCAUCUUGGUCAGGAUUCUUGGUGUCUGGGAGCCUCUAGAAGACUCUCCCCAGCUUCGCGCUGUAGCUGGUUUCGCAUACUACAUAUCACCCCCGCACACAAUCAAAGAAGCUUUCCUCGACCCCAUCCACACAAUCCUCUAUAUCACAUUUGUAGUCUCUGCCUGUGCACUCUUCUCAAAAACCUGGAUCGAGGUGUCUGGCAGUGGCCCACGCGAGAUCGCCAAACAGCUCAAGGACCAACAGAUGGUCAUGGCUGGGCAUCGUGAGGGUUCAAUGUACAAGGAACUCAAGCGCGUUAUUCCUACCGCUGCUGCAUUCGGAGGCGCUAUUCUGGGCUUGCUUUCUGUCGCUGCUGAUCUCAUGGGCGCUAUUGGAAGUGGAACGGGUAUCCUGAUGGCUGUUACGAUCAUCUACAGCUACUGGGAGAUUGGUAUCAAGGAGAGUGGGGGAGCCGAAAUGGCAGCGCUGAGCGACCUCAUGUAA